UUGAGCAGUUGUUCGCGAUUAUGCCUUCGAUUAGCGUACUUAAUUAAAGUUGAACAAACUCGUGACUGUCAAAAUGCAAAUUUCGUCAACCCUCACCCUCAAAACGACGCAGCGAAGUCGCAUCUAUCAGUACCUGGCAGCCUUCACAGGGACACUCGGGAUCGUCUCCAGCGAAAUGCACUACGGCUGGCCUUCGCCCUCUCUUCCCAUUCUCAAAAACGGUACUUAUGUUAUCCAAAUCGGGGAAACUGAAAGCUCCUGGUUGGCCAUCAUGCCUCUAAUCGGCGCCAUCCUAGGCGCCGUCAUGACCGGCCUGGUCAUAGACAUUCUCGGACGUAAAAGGUUGAUCCUCUUCUCUGGGGUACCAUUUUUCGUCUCGUGGAUAGUGAUCGGGUUUGCAGAAACGUCGGUACUUCUGCAUGUGGCGAGGUUCUUAGCUGGGAUGACGGACGGAUUGUCUUUUACGGCGGUACCGAUGUUCCUGGGAGAGAUCGCCGAGCCAGAAAUACGAGGGUUGUUGUGCUCCAUUUGUCCCGUGUUGAUAGUCGUGGGGCUGCUUUUGAUCAACACCAUCGGGAGUUAUUUGGAUAUUUCAACAACCGCGUUUGUGGCGUGUUCCAUCCCCGCGAUUCUCCUAAUCACGUUCAUUUGGAUCCCCGAAAGUCCGUACUUUUUGUUGAUGCGGGGGCGGUACGACGAAGCCAGGAAGAGUCUUCAGAGAUUUCGAGGUACCACCGACGUGGAAAAGGAGCUGGAGAGAUUAUCGACGGCUGUUCAGGAACAGAACAACAACAGCGGAAAGUUCCUGGACUUGUUCACUUCUCCGAGCAACCGCAAGGCCAUUUUCAUCGCUUUGGGACUCCGCAGCGUCCAACAACUCACCGGAAUCACCGCCAUCACCAUCUACUGUCAACGGAUUUUCAUCGCGUCGAACAGCUUCCUCUCGUCUGCGGUGGCGACGAUCAUCUAUUUCACGGUACAGUUAGUACUGUCGGCGGUCGCUUCCUUCAUGGUGGAUAUUUCCGGGCGGAGACCGCUCCUCAUCAUCUCGCUAACCGGAACGGGAAUCACGCUUCUCAUCAACGGUACUUACCUCUUCAUCAAGAACUGCACAGACAUCGACACCUCCGACUUCGAUUUCGUGCUACUGGUGACGUUGUUGGCUUUCAUUAUCAUCUUCAGUCUAGGACUUCAAACCAUUCCGUUGCUUAUCAUGUCAGAAAUGUUCCCGACUAACGUAAAAGCGUUCGCUUUGUGCAUCGCCGACGUUUAUUUUAGUGUUAUAGCGAGCGUUAUUUCGCAGUACUUUCACGGUACGAGCAGUGCGUUUGGGAUGCACGUGCCUUUUUACAGUUUCGCGGUGUGCUGCGUUUUUGGGUUGGUUUUUAUCGUUUUUUGCGUGCCGGAGACCAAGGGUAAAACGCUGGAGGAUAUACAGAGGUACUUGAAGGGUGAAAUUAAGUUGUAAGAGUGUGUAAUGAGGAGUAAUUGAUUCAAUAAAGUUGGUAUGGUUGGUUGUUGACUUUUUAAUCCUUGGUUGAUUUUAGUUGAUUUUAUCGGAAACGAAAUAUGCGUACUUUGUCGUUAACUACCUUGAAACUCGCUCAUUAUCGUUCGUCGUUAUGUGGUGGAUAUGUCAACAUUACGAGUAGGUGAAACUCAUGUAAAACAAUGACGUAAUCUUUACUUUAUUGAAUCUUGUGAACAAAUCCGAUUAAAUUAAUGGCGACCUCCAGAGCUUUCUGAAAACUUGUUCCAGUUUAUGCAGUGUGUCUCUGGUGGAUAUACUAAUAUAAACGUUUUGAAAUAUUUCAAAAAAUUAGUGGGUUAGUGUUUGAAUUAUUGAGUUUUUUAAUUUUAUACUAAGGUGGUACCCAGUUCCAUUAUGAAUGGUAAUAAUCGCAUACAUCACAACUGUUGCUGACUCAAACUCAUUUAAUCUAUUUUUCCAGCCGAACAAUUGUUGAAGAUAUAUCGAUUCGAGUGUAUCGAUUUUUUUGAGUUUCGAGUCGUCAAAUUCUUGGUAUACAACUUUAUAGUCAUUUUCAGUAUUUCGACUUUGUUCCAGACAGCUUUGUUCAUUUACAAAUUCGAACUAAAUUAUCUUAUUCGGUUUGGACCUUCCUAUGUCAUAAUAAUAUACGUAAGAGUUCAGUUACAGAAAUUACAAGAUUUUAUUGUAGUGAUUUUCAGUUACUAACGAUUCUUAUAUACAUUCCUAUCUUAGUGGAGAUAUUAAAUGAGGUCACUACAGAUUUAGGAUCUAGGCAACUAGAAUGUGACAACGACAUAGUCAACACACAAAUCGAAAAAGAGUUAACUCAAGGCAUCGUCUACAUGGUCAUUAGUCUAAUUUGUGGAAUAGUCACUGGAUCUACAUAUGCUAUAGCGUCAGAUGAAGAAAAUCAGUUGGUUUAUAUUUUUCCAUUAUGCGAAGAAUAUUUUCCUACAUGGACAUUUAUAGUUGAAUGGGGGUUUAGAUGUUCCAUAAUAUUUAUUUACUGCCUAGCGAUUACUUCGCCGUCUCAUUAUAUAAUUUAUGGUCUACUUCUAAUCAGAUUAGAAGAACACAGAUUAUUACACUCUCUUAGAAACGUCAACCAAAAUUACGAGAAACAGGAGCAGUUGGAUUUGGCGUCGCAAAACAUCAUAAAAGAAAGGCUAAUAUCCUGUCUGAAACGUCAUAUUCACUUCAGCAGAUCGAUACGCAAAAUUUUAAAGAAAUCAGAAAAUUUGGUCUUGCCUCUGCAAAUAGAAUCAGUUCUUUACUUUAUGAGUAUUGUCGUGAACAGUCUCAUGGUGGAUGGUACUCUCUCGAAAUUGUCGUACUGGCGUUUGAUUUCAGUCACAAUCACCGCGGUUGUUGCAUUAUCUGGACUCAGCUUUUACGGUCAAAAGAUCGAAGAUUUGUCCGAGAACAUCUUUAAUUGUUUGAUUAAUAUCAAGUGGUACCACUGGAACGAUACCAAUAAGAAACUGUACCUAAUGUUUUUGCAAAAUUCGUUGAAACCGUUUAAAAUAAAGUUCACUGAAAAUAUUUCAGUCAAUUAUAAAAUGGGAAUAGAGAUUAUUAAAUCUUUCUUCUCGUUCAUAUCUGUUGUAAGGCAGCUACAGAAAAAAAGGGAUUAGUACCUUUAAAGAAAUUUUAAAUUGGUAAAUUUUAACA